GGCGCAGUGGUCGACUGUGCAUGGGCUGCAGCUGAGAAAGCUGGGACUUGCGAAACCUGAGGUUGGCGGCGGCGGCGAUGAUGAUACUGAAGGGAUGGCCCAGCAAGCUGCUGCCGCUGCGGACGCGCUGAGCGAGCUGAAAGCCAUGAUCGUCCUCGUGGGGCCGCACGACUGGGGCGCGUUCACGUUCGGCACGGGCGCGAUGAACCCAGACAUGGUGAGCUGGGUGGGUGCGAUGGCCGCGAUGGAGCGGAAGGAGACGUGGCUCCCGCCGCCGUUCCACAUGUCGUGGCACCGCGAGCGGAUGGCGCGGGACCUGAGCGCGGUGUCGCUGAUGGACGGGAUGAGGCGGUAUAUCGGCGGCGAGCUGCCCGAGUGGUUCGACGGGAUCGUGACGGGCAACGUCGAGUUCCCUGUGGCUACGGACGCACUGGAGAGGAUCGAGGGCACUGCGGUGUUGGUGGUUGCCGGGUGGGCGGAUACUUUCAUCGAGCAGUGCCUGGUGCAGUAUCGGCGACUCAAGGAAAGAGGCCAGGUCGUGGGCUUGACGGUCGGACCGUGGGGCCAUCUCAGCGCGCAGGGAGGGGAGUCGAAGCGGGAAAUCUUGCAGUGGCUUGAUCAGUACCUUGCACCAAAGACGGCUGUCAAGGCGAAGCAGGAGUCAAGGAAAGCCCUGGUGCGGAUCUUCGAUACGGGCACCAAGCAGUGGCUGGAGACGGAUGCGUGGCCACUCGAGAACACGAGAACAACACAGUGGUUCCUGUCAGCCGAGGGAAGGCUCGAGGCCUCCCCUCCUGGAGCAGCACCGGCCGAGACGAGCUUCGAGUACGAUCCGCGCAAUCCGACCCCCAACAUUGGCUCGUCCAUGCUCAACUAUCAAGCCGGCAAGCUCGCCGACGACCGCAGCCUCGCGGCUCGCAGUGAUGUUAUCGCCUUUACCACAGAGCCACUCGAGCAGGAUAUCAGGGUCAUGGGCUCGCCGGUCCUCUCCCUGGCUCACUCGUCAAGCCACCCGUUUGCCGACCUAUCAGUGCGAGUCUGUGCCGUGGAAGCAAACGGUACCUCGCACAACAUCUCCGAGGCAUAUCAAAGACUGGACAAGCUGGACCGGGGCCCGGAAACCGGAGAACUUCUGCAGCUGACCUUGGUCGAGUGUGCUCAUACCUUCCGCAAGGGCACCCGGAUCCGUGUAGUCAUUGCGGGUGGGUCGCACCCAAAGUACGUGCGUAACCUUGGUACUGGGGAGGACAUGGUUCACGGCGUGAAUAUGGAAAGUGUAAAGCACACGGUUCACCAUGGUGGAGAGAGAGCAUCGAGCCUGACACUACCGGUGGAUGUGUGAGCCUUUACUCGUUGGGUGUACAAACCAUGGUGGCUGCGCUGGUGUUUAUUGUUAGGGUGUACGAUUGUGUAAGACUGAUUUAAGCAGACUCUACUCAGCCAUAUUCAGGCACAUAGCUAAUCAUCACAUGAGGCCUGUGAUCCAAGUACAACAUGUAUCCUGAUUAUUGCCUAUUCAUACCAAGCGAGACGACCCCAAAUCCCUCGCGGGGUUUCCAAUGAAGCGACGA